AUACCUCAUAAUUUGACUGAGGCUCAAAAACUCCAUCGUGUGGAUUGGUGCCGUAAAAUGAUUGAAAGAUUUAACGGAGGUGACUCAAAUGCUGUGUUCGACAUACUAACAGGUGACGAAAGCUGGAUUUACUGUUAUGAUCCUGAAACCAAAAGACAAUCUGCUCAGUGGGUGUUUCCUUUCGAGGAGUUGCCAACUAAAGUGAAGAGAGAUCAAAGUGCGGGAAAAAAAAUGGUGGCCUCGUUCUUUGGAAGGGUAGGUCAUUUCGCAACAAUUGUGUUAGAGGAUCAAAAAACAGUUUCUGCAGAAUGGUACACUACCAAUUGUUUGCCACUUGUCUUGGAAAAAGUUCGAGAGAAACGACCUCGCAGUAGGAUCCUCCUUCACCACGACAACGCCUCGUCGCACACCGCCAAGCGAACGAUCGACUAUUUGGCGACAUCAAACGUUGAAUUAUUGGGUCACCCGCCGUAUAGCCCCGACCUCGCGCCUUGUGAUUUUUAUUUAUUUUCAAAAAUUAAAGAAAAACUUAAAGGAAAGCGGUUUAUGAAUGCUGAAGAAGCGGUGGCUGCGUAUCGCGAUGCCAUUGAAGAGACCCCUAAGGACGAGAGGGCAAAGUGCUUUUCCCAGUGGUUCCAUCGCAUGCAGCGGUGUAUUGAUGUGAAUGGACAAUAUUUUGAAAAGAUAUAA